GGGAGCGCGGGAAAAAAACGACCCUGCACUGACCGGCGGCGCGCGGGACAGGGCUAGGGUACCCACGCCCCCAGAAGAUCGGGGGGGCGUGCUGCGAGGGCGGGCCCAGGGCUGGGGACGGACUUCGGGACAGGGUGGGAUGGCAGCAUCCUGGCCUUGGGGAAUCGGGAGGAGCCCGGUCUCCUCCAGCUGUGCAAACAGGAGGAGGAGGUCCCAAGCGUACCCCUGGGAGAGGGGCGAGAGGGGUGGUCAAGCCGCGCCGGCCCCCGCGGUGCGGGUUGCGCCAGCCUCCUCGGAGCCCGACGCAGAAACUUGUUGCAACAAACAGGCGACCGCGGGUGCCCCUAGCAGCCAGCGGCGGAGUGGGUGGGCGGGCGAGAGGGAGGGGAAGGCUGGCGGACGCCGCAGCGAACUGGUGGGCAGACCCGGAGUCGCCGCGUAAGCGGGGCCGGCUCAGUGCGGUGCGGCAGGCGCGGCUGUGCGGCAGCGGAAGUCCUUUGUUGCAGCACAGUCCCUGGCAGAGCCUGAGCCUCUCCGCGCAGCCCAGCCCGAGCGCCGCGCGCCGCCGCCACUGCAGCUCGCGGCCCCUUCACCUCUGCCCGCCUUUCGCGCGGCCGAUUUGCCUCAAACUCCUCAAAACCUCCGCCGCCCCGGUUCGUGCUGCUGCCGGUGUCUAAUAGAAGAUGGCAAAGCCCAGCCACAGCAGCUACGUCCUGCAGCAGCUAAACAACCAACGGGAGUGGGGCUUUCUCUGUGACUGUUGCAUUGCAAUUGAUGACAUUUACUUCCAAGCACACAAAGCAGUUCUAGCUGCUUGUAGCUCCUAUUUUAGAAUGUUUUUCAUGAACCACCAACAAAGUACUGCACAACUGAAUCUCAGCAACAUGAAAAUUAGUGCUGAGUGUUUUGAUCUCAUUUUGCAAUUUAUGUAUUUGGGGAAAAUUAUGACAGCUCCAUCCAGUUUUGAGCAGUUUAAAGUGGCAAUGAACUAUCUGCAGCUGUACAAUGUUCCUGACUGCUUAGAAGAUAUCCAGGAUGCAGAUUGUUCUAGUUCAAAGUGUUCAUCUUCUGCUUCUAGCAAACAGAACAGCAAAAUGAUAUUUGGAGUAAGAAUGUAUGAAGAUACUGGAGCUAAAAACGGCAGUGAAGCCAACAGGUGGAGUGCAGAGCCAAGUUCAACAGUAAAUACACCACACAAUAGAGAGCCUGAUGAAGAAUCUUUACAAUUAAGUAAUUUUCCUGAGCCACUCUUUGAUGUAUGUAAAAAAAGUUCUGUGUCCAAAUUAUCUACUCCAAAAGAACGUGUAUCGCGACGCUUUGGACGGAGUUUUACCUGCGAUAGUUGUGGUUUUGGCUUUAGCUGUGAAAAAUUAUUAGAUGAGCAUGUUCUAACAUGUACUAAUAGACAUUCAUACCAAAAUGCACGAUCCUAUCACAGACUAGUCGAUAUUAGAGAUGGAAAAGAAAGCAGUAUCAAAGCUGAAUUUGGUGAAAAAGAUUCUUCUAAGACAUUUUCUGCACAGACAGACAAAUAUAGAGGAGACUUAAGCCAGGCUGCUGAUGAUUCGACUUCCACUACUGGAAGCAGAAAAAGCACAGUGGAAUCUGAUCUAGCCAAUGAAGAAAAAAGCAGAGCUGCUGAGAGAAAAAGAAUCAUUAUCAAGAUGGAGCCAGAAGAUAUUCCUACAGAUGAACUGAAAGACUUUAACAUUAUUAAAGUUGCUGACAAAGACUGUAAUGAAUCCACUGAUAAUGAUGAAUUAGAAGAUGAACCUGAAGAGCCAUUUUAUAGAUACUAUGUUGAAGAAGACGUCAGUAUUAAAAAAAGUGGUAGGAAAACUCUAAAACCUCGGAUGUCAAUAAGUGCUGAUGAAAGAGGUGGUUUAGACAAUCUGAGGCCCCCUACCAGCAGUCCAGUACAAGAGGAUACAGAAAAUGCAUCUUGUGAGUUGUGUGGACUCACAAUAACUGAAGAGGACCUCUCUUCUCAUUAUUUAGCAAAACACAUUGAAAAUAUCUGUGCAUGUGGUAAAUGUGGACAAAUACUUGUUAAGGGGAGACAGCUUCAGGAACAUGCUCAAAGAUGUGGAGAGCCCCAAGACCUAACAAUGAAUGGGCUAGGAAAUAAUGAGGAGAAAAUGGAUAUGGAAGAGAAUCCUGAUGAACAGUCAGAAAUAAGAGAUAUGUUUGUAGAAAUGUUGGAUGAUUUUCGGGACAAUCAUUUCCAAAUAAACAGUAUGCAAAAGAAGCAGUUGUUUAAACAUUCUGCCUGUCCUUUUCGAUGUCCCAAUUGUGGCCAGCGUUUUGAAACUGAAAAUCUAGUGGUUGAACAUAUGUCUACUUGCCUAGAACAAGAUAUGUUUAAAAGUGCCAUCAUAGAAGACAAUGAGAGAGAUCACAGACGAAAGCAUUUUUGUAAUCUGUGUGGAAAAGGAUUUUAUCAGCGGUGUCACUUAAGAGAACAUUAUACUGUUCAUACUAAGGAGAAACAGUUUGUUUGUCAGACAUGUGGAAAGCAGUUUUUAAGAGAGCGCCAGUUGCGACUACACAAUGAUAUGCACAAAGGCAUGGCCAGUGGUGAAAUAGGGCCUUCUAAACCUCUGAAGAAGUGAGAUCUGAAUUUGGAGAGGACAAAGGGAAGAAUCAACAACAGAUUAUCUUUAAGUCCAGACGCAGAAAAAUCAGAUCUGAAGUGGCACCAUCUUUUCUGUCUUCCUGACAAACCUCAGCAACCCCAAAAGUUCCAGUUACAAGGAUCCAAGAAAACUCAGUAAUGAUCAUUUUGGAAUCACUUUGUGUGACAAAACUGAUUUAUGGUGACUCUCCUAAUAUUUACGGAAAAUCAGCUACAGAAAAGAAACUCAAAUAUUCAUAUAACAUCAGUGAUUUAAGCUACACUAAAGUAAAACUUUAUAUACUAAUUAUCUUUUUGAGUCCCUUCUAAAAUAAAAGGACUUGCUAGACUACUAAAAUAUGAAAAAACAUAAGCUUAUCUGUAUAAAUACAUAUAUACAAUUCUAACUUUAAAAUAAUUUGAAUUAGUUUACAUAUUAUUAAACGUAGCAAGACAAUUAUACCAGAAACCUGUAGUUUAGAAUAUAAGAUGUGUACAAAAAAAAUGCCACUAUCUUAACAAAGGGUAGUUAUUACUAAAAUGUAACAUUAGUCCUUAAUUUUUCAUUUUAUUGUGACACCACAAGUUUACUUGCAUCAGUGAACCUCCCUUUUAAGUCUAUUAAUUUGGAGGGAAAACAAAAGUGACUUUACUUCAAUAGUGGCAAAGUUUUUAUGAAUCACAGAUACCCAAAAAGAAUGUAUAUAAAAUACAAUUUUAUUCUGAUCUUAGCACUAUAGCUUAAGGCAGAAUUAGUUUCUAUUAAAAAUUAAUUGUUGGUAUUAAAUAUUAUAGUACCAUGCUGCUUAGCUUUCAAUUUCAAGACAAAACAAAUACUGACUGGGAAAAUGGUUAACAUGGUUAGCAUGUCUUAAAAAAUAAUGGAGAAAUGUUUGGUGAAAUUUUUAACUUGGCUACAAAUACUUUGUUUCAGAGAGAUAUAUGUACACACAUACAUAACUAUAUAUAUGCACAUUUCUUACUAUGUGACUCCUUAAAGGACUGUGAAUAUAUUUGUAGUUUUACUUUUCGUUAACUGUGUACUCAAUUCUUUAUUAUUGUUUGUGUAAUAUUAGGUGUUAAAUGUCUUCAGAAAUGCUUAUUUUGUUUUUAUGCCUCUUCAUAAAUGUUGUAAUAAGAUGUAGCACAGAAAUUUAACCUAGAAUAAACAUAAUAGUUUAGGAAGAAGUCAUUUAUAAUCUCAUUAAAAAUUAGGAUGAUAACUUGAAUAUUCAUUCUAACAACUAGACUAACGAAAAAAUCAGAGACACUUAAUUGCAAUGUGAUAGUGAGUAGAUGAGUGGAGAAAGGAGAAGAGACAUCCACUAAAGACUUUAUAUGAAUAGAACUGGUUUAAGAUAAAUAAAACAAAUUUAGGAAAAUAUUACCUUUAAAAAAAUAACUAGAGGUAAUCUCUGUUGGGAACAAGAGGAAGUAUAUUGAACUUAGAAUUUUAACAAAUAGAAAAAAAAAUAAAAGAAUAUUAUCAGUAAUCAAAGGUGCUAGAACAAUAUAGUAGAAACUCAAUGAGCAAUUUUUCAUUGGUGGAAUUAGAUUUACAAAAGAAAUUAUCGCUUACAUUUUGAUUGUACUAAAGGACAAAUGUAAUGACCUACAAUAAUUACAAGUGAAUGAAUGCAUUCUAUAAUGUGAUUAUUUUCUGUAAAUUAGUAAAAGAUGCAGUUAGUUUUUGGGUCACACAGAAAAUUUUUGUUACAUUUUUUAAUCCAUUGUUUUUCUGUAAUAAAAUUUUCUCCUCUAUGUUCAGAAGUAAACUGUCUGUAUAUUACUUUUAUUUAUACAGAAUUUUUUUAACCCAGCUCCUUUAAACAAUUGUCUGAAAAGUUAUAAACUCCUUCCAUUUUCUAUUACCAAAAUAAUAAAAUGUACAUUACUAAUACAACUAAUUAUGGCUUUCCUGAGAAAUAUAAGAAGUACACAGAACAUAAACUAAAAUUCCUAUCACCAAAUUCUGAUUUCUUUUGCUACAGAACAUUUGGAAAAGUACUGUCUCAUGGUAAUUGCAAAUGACAAUAAAUUAGAUUUUCCUCAUAUGAAAAAAUAAUUUAAAAAUCCACUGACAUAGUAUUUAGCACUUUCAAAGAGUCAUUUUUUCCUCAAAACUAAAAGCAUGAUUAAUUCAAACAAAUAAUGUUUUUUUGUUUUUGUUUUUAAUCAUACCCAAAGAUGCUCAGGGCUUUAUCCUAGAUCAGUGCUCAUUGUUGAUAAAGAGCUCAGAAAACCAUGUAGUACCAAGGUUCGAACCCAGAGCUGCUGCAUGUAUAGCAUGUACUCCAGACCUUAUAGCUAUCUCCUCAAUCCCAGAAACAACUUUAUUACUGGUAUAAUUCAUUUAUUUUUAGUUAAGAAUUUAAUGUUCUUUUCAUAUGACUAGCAAUGAGUAUUCUCUAUAUUUCAAGUCAGUAUUGAAAGAUGAUAGCCCAUAUUUCACAUAAUUUAGUAUUAGCAAUAAUGGCAUGCUAAGAGCCUCCCUUCUUUUAGAUAUUUCACACUAUUCCAGAGUCUUCUUGAAGUUAGCACUCUAUAAAAUGCAGUAUGCUUGUGUUUCUGUAAAAACAAUAUCUACUUUUAUCACAGAUUCAGUACUCUCCUGGAGAAGUCUCUGUUCCAGGUUUCUGUCUUAGCCUCAUGGUGUCCCAUAGUUUGUUUAUUUUGGUUUUGGGGCCAAAACCAUGGAUUCUCAGAGCUUACUCCUGCUUCUGCAUUCAGGGAUCACUCCUGGCUAUAGUUGCGGGACCACGCAUAGUGCUGGGGAUCAAACCCAGGUCAGCUGCUUUAUCUAUCCGCUCUACUAUCUCUCAGGUCUCAGUGUUAUAGUUUAAUCUCAUAAUUUAAUCCUUUAAAAACUUAGUUUUUCGGGUGGGACAGAAAAAAAAUUAAAAAGAAAACUUAGUUUUUCAAGACUCAAAGAAACAAGUUAAAAAAUUUGUGAUUAGAGAAUUGGGGGGCGGGGAGGGGAAUAGCUUAUUUCCAGAGCAUUAUAAAAUGCUAUUUAAUAUUUAUAAAGAUCUUAAAUAUAACAACGGUUUGCUUGUGAUUCACUCAUAAAUUCUCAAGUCUAUUGGCUGCUACUUUUUCCACUUCCUUUUUUAAAAAAUUAUGUCUUGUUUUGUUGUUCUAAGAUCACACCUGACUGAGCUAUGAUUUACUCCUGGCUCUGUGCUCAGGGAUCAUUCCUGCAGUACUCAGGGUACCAUGAGUGGUGCCAGGGACCAAACCCAGGUUGACCACAUGCAAGGCAAACAUUUUACCCAUUGUACUAUCUCUCUGGCCCCUUACUCCACCUUCUUACCAUAUCAACAAUGUCUCCUAUAAAUAAUUUAUGUCCUUGAUGAAGGUUAUGCCUUAAUUGGGGCUAAGCGCAUUCCAGAAAAUUCAUAAAUUUUGUUUUCUACUAAUUCUGGAAAGACAUACUCUGGCUAAGUGAGUUUCCUUAGAGUAAGCCUGACUACCCAGGUGUACAUAUAGGUUUUGAGCUCACUUUUCUUUAUAUCUCUGAUACAAAUAUUUUCAGAUAUGAGUUUCAAUUUUUGGUAGGUGCAAUGCUUUUUAAUACUGAAGUAUAUGAGACAUGUGAGAAUCUUCUUAUAUAGAAAUAAAAAAUACUUAUUUCCAGUCUUGGUUAAAUAAUGUUCCUCAGUCAGGUCAUUUUAAAUUAAGCUUUUAAUAAGCUUAAUUUAGCAAAUCAUGACUACAUUCCAGGUGUUUUUCCAGUAGUAGAGAUCAGAUAGAAUUUGUGUUUGGUUUCUGGUCCAUACCCUGAGAUGAUCAGGGCUUACUCCUGGCACUGUGCUCAGGGGGACAAUAUACAGAUGCUGAAGACUGAACCCAGGUCGGCUGCUUUUAAGGUUCAUGCCCUACCCUCUGUUAUUUCUUCAGCUCCUAAAUCACUCCUUUUAAUCAGCUGCAAUAAAAGCACUGCUGCUCCCUGCCCACGCUAGCUAGUAGGACACUGAGAUAGAGAACCCAUACUUGCCAAUUCUGUGUGUGAAAUAAGACCCUUACCUGCUCUACUAUCUCUCUAGCCUCUAAUUAGAGAGAGUUUGAUUUUUGUUUUCCAGACUGUGCAGAUGUUUGGGUUGGAGAUACUGUACAGGAGGUAAGGCUUUUUUCCCUUACAUGCAGCUCCCAUUUGAAUCCCCAGCACCACCUAUAGUCCUUUGAGGACCACAAGAGUCAUUGAGCACAGACCCAGUAGCUCCUGACUCUGCUGGGUAUGGCUCCCAAAUCAAAAUAGUUUUGGGGGAGCCACACCUGGCAGUGCCCAGGGGUUUUGGGGAUGCCAGGGAAAGAACCCAGGUCAGCCACAAAUGCCCCCUACCUGCUAUACUAUUACUCCAGUCCAAUAAAUAAAUAGUUUUAAAGCACCGUCAUAUUUACAAGCUACCAAAUUUCAGUUCGUGAAAAUCAGCAAAAUCUCUUUGUAGGAAAUCUAAUUACCAAACUUCAAUUAACUAUUAAUAGUGAUGACUUUAAAAUAAAUUGUAAAAUUAUAAUAUAGAUUAUAUGAAUAAUUCUAUAAUACAAUCAAUUCUGAUAUAUUUUUCACUAUCUUACUUACAGAAUAGUAAGAUGCAAAACUCUUGUAGUUUUUUACUUAUAUACAUUUAGAACAUUUUCUUGCGUCAUUAAAAAUCUGUAAGCAAUUUUUAUGGCUACAUAGUAACUAUCAUAGUAACUAUCAUACUUUCCUUAUUGUUGUUAUUUAAACAAUUUCCUUUUUUAGUGUUAUGAAAGGGCUGGAGAAAUAGCACAGCGGGUAGGGUAUUUGUCUUGCAUGAGGUCAACCCAGGUUCAAUUCUUCUGUCCCUCUUGGAGAGCCCGGCAAACUGGCAAGCUACCGGUGGCAUAUUCAAGAUAUGCCAAAAACAGUAACAAGUAUCAUGAUGGAGACAUUACUGGUGCCACUCGAGCAUAUCAAUGAACAACUGGACAACAGUGCUACUGUUAUUUAAAAAGUAAUGCCUAUAUGUUACAUUUUCCCUUUAGGAUGAAUCCCACAAAGAGAUGCCUAGUAAAUGAUCUGGUUAUAUUUAAGAUAAACAAUAUUUUCAUUAGUACAAAAUGGAUAGGGUGCUUACUUUGCAGGUGCCAACUGGGUUCAAUCCCUAGUGCUCCAUGUGGUUCCCCCAAGCACUGAAGGAGUGAUCUCUGAGCACAGGAUGUGACUCCAAAACCAAAAUAAAUAAAUAUUAUUGUUGUAUUAUUGUCCUCCAGAUAGUUGAAAUAAUUUGAAUCCACAUCAAUAGGAUAUGCCUGUUUUGCUGCAUCAUUCCUGGCCCUAAGUAACUAUUUCAUCAUAAAUUGCUAAUUUUUAUUUAACAGGAUGUAUUUUAUUGAAUUUGAAACCACAUUCAUUGAAGAAUACAAAAUAAGAUCUUUUAAAAAUUGGGAAGGGGUGGGCUGGAGCGGUAGCACAGCGGGCAGGGUGUUUGCAGCCGACCCGGGUUCGAUUCCCAGCAUCCCAUAUGGUCCCCUGAGCACUGCCAGGAGUAAUUCCUGAGUGCAAAACCAGGAGUAACCCCUGUGCAUUGCUGGAUGUGACCCAAGAAGCAAAACAAUUAAAAAAAUAAAAAAUAAUUGGGAAGGGGGAGAGCUGGAGAAAGAGAGAACAGGUGGGAUACUUGCCUUGCACUUGGCCAACCUGGGUUCAAUCCUCUGCAUCUCAUAUGAUCCCCUGAGAACUGCCAGGAAAAAUUCCUGAGUGCAGAAUGAAAUAACCCUGAGCACUGCUGGGUGUAGGCCCUCGAAAAAACCUGGUAAGUGGGGAGGGUGAAGGAGAUAUCUCAAAGAGCUGUCCCCCUCACCCUACCUGCGAGUGUAGCCCUAGCAACUUGGGGACAAAUACCCUAAAUAUCCCAGGAGUGGCCUGUCGGAUGCCCAGCUUCCCCAAAAUCAAUGAGGGAAGAUGUAAAAAUUCCAAGAAAGGUCAAUAUCUGAUAAAAUUCCAGAACAGUAAAAGAUAAAUUUCAUAUAAAAUCAAAGGCAAACACUAUAUCUUUUAGGAAAAUUCAGAAUGUCUUUUAAAAUAUGGAGUAAAAACUUACUAGAUGUUUUACUA